AUGUCGACCCCCAGGGCCACCCCCCGGCCCAACGGGUACGAUUCAGCGGGCUACUUUCCGACACAACACUCCCAGCCAACCCACCACCCAAACCCCGCCGACGUUAAUACCACCGCUGAUACGCAAGCCGACUACGGAAGCCAUUUAGGCCCGGCUUCGAUGCCUCCGACCAAAUUUACCGAGGAGUGGGAGGCGAGCCAGCGCGGCAGUUCCAUCCUUGACAGCCCUGGUCCCGGCGCUAUGCAGCGGUCUGUCUCCUACUCUGGGAAUACAACGAGUGGUGGUGCGGUGGAUGGGGCCGCGCUCUCCCGCGGCAACACACUUAGGAAAAAGGCGUCAGUUCGAAGGAGCGCGAGUCUCAAGCGGAGCGGAAGCCGUCGGAGCAUGAAGGCCGGGAGUGUACGCAGCCUGGCUCUGCAGCCGACCACCGACGAGGACGGGAUGCAUAGUGCAUUCUAUUGCCCCGUCCCCACUACUGCGAACCCGACUGAGGCUCUCGCGAACCGGUUUCAGGCUUGGCGCAAGACCCUCAAGGACCUCAUUGCCUAUUUCAGGGAAAUCCAGACACACUACGAGCACCGUGCAAAAUCGCUGGUCAAGCUCGCCAAUGUGCUCAACAAUACCGCAACCCCUCCGAGCUUCCUUGCUUCUGGCGGCCUCGACGAUGCCCUACAGAUCCUGAGGGGUUACAACAAGCAGGCCAUUACUGAGGCGAGCAAGGCAAAGGAGAUUGAGGAGGACGUGAUUCUUGCCCUCACGGGGCUUCGUAGUGAUCUUCAGCAAAAGAUCAAGGAGAUCAAAAAUUUGUCAGGGGACUUCAAAAACUCGGUCGACAAGGAGAUGGACGGUACUCGCAAGGCCGUCAACCAACUCCAAGAGGCUCUCGGGCAGAGCGAGCUCGAUCCUUCCCUGACCGUUGGCAAACAGGACCCGUACCUUCUCAGGCUUGCUGUGGAUCGCCAACUAGAGAGGCAGAUUGACGAGGAGAACUAUUUGCACCAGGCUUACCUUAAUCUGGAAAGCUCUGGGAAGGAGCUCGAGUCAAUUGUGGUUGGUGAGAUCCAAAAGGCAUACAGCGCCUACGCAGGGAUCCUAAAGCGGGAGGCAGAUGCUGCUUAUGGCACCAUCGAGGAGUUGCGUGCCGGCCCGGUCUCCAUGCCGAAGGACCAUGAGUGGUCCUCGUUUAUCCAAAGGGACGAGCGCUUUGUGAACCCUGAACUCCCCAUGAGGCUGGCGCAGUCUAUCCAUUACCCUGGUCGCGAUCAUUAUGCCUGCCAGGAAAUACGAGCCGGGCUUCUUGAGCGCAAGAGCAAAUAUCUGAAGAGCUACACACCCGGUUGGUAUGUUUUGUCACCCACUCACCUCCACGAGUACAAAUCGGCAGACAAGACACAAGCACCCCUCAUGUCGCUCUACCUUGUUGAGCAGAAACUAGGCUCGCAUUCGGCCGACGGUAGCUCAUCGAACAAGUUUAUCCUUAAGGGACGGCAAACUGGAUCCAUGCACCGCGGCCACAAAUGGGUGUUUAGGGCCGAGAGUCACGAUACUAUGAUGGCCUGGUACGACGACAUCAAGGCUGUGACGGAGCGGACGCCAGAAGAGCGGAACAACCUUGUCCGUGCCAACAGCCGGAGCAUCAGCCGGUCGUCUCAACGGUCGUCAGUUAGCAGCGACGGUGUUGAUGAUGAGGAGGAGCCUCCAUUCACGGCCAAUGUGGCGUCAGUUAACCAACAUGCGAGACAAGACAGUUUGACUCGGCGCCCUUCCGGUGGCCGUUUCCCGUCUGAUCUCCAGGUGAAUGCGCAACGAGGGCUCCACGCACCCGUGUCGCCCAUGAGCGCGAGCUCCGGAUACUGCGAAAGUUACAACCAACAUUACCCUGUCGCUGCUGUCGCGCCUACUAACAAUGAUCUUGGACAAUGGGCAUCUAACGAGGAUAGCAUUCAGAGCACUGCUCCUGUGGACGGUUCUGGUGGUGGUCCUGUGCAACUGCCCGGCGUAGCUGCGACCACUGCAUCUCAGCGGCGGGGCUCGGACGAACUAGGCCUGGUCAAUCGGUCAGUGUCGACGAAGCUGGCCGGGGCAGUAACGCCCCAGCAGCAAUUGCCACAACAGAACGAUGUGCCAACGUGGGCAGAACCUAUACCCGUAUCGAGUCUGCAGGCCCAACAGCUCUCGUCAGCGGGUCGGUACGAGACAGGCAGUGACCUGUACGCCUCGCACGGAACUCAAACACCAAACGGGGUGACCAAGUCAAACUCCACGGGGUCUCGAAUGUCAUGCGAUGGAGAAACGGUUCGGGCGUCUUGGGCGGCAGCUAGUAGCGAUGGCGAUGGCACAACGGGGGCUGAGCCGGCCCCAAGACCUGGGACUACGGUGCGCACUGAUAGCAUUCAGACGAUUUCAAACUUGCAUAUCCCGGGACAGUUUCCCCGGGGAUCAAAUGCGGGGACGUAA